AUUCCUGCUCUGCUGGAUCCGGAUGAGCUGUUGUGUGAGGAAGAGCCGGAUCUUCUGUCCAUCGUCACUUAUGUCUCACAGCUCUACUGUGUCUUCAAUGGAAAAUCUCAUGGUAUGGAUCAUGAUGUUCAUCAUGAUUCACUGGAGCUGAAAUUUGUGACUUUAAUAUAUUGAUAAUCUCUGGAUCUGAUCAGACAGUCUGAAGAAUUCUUUGGAGGCUGAACCCAGCAGUACCAGAACACAAGAACAGACACACACUCCGGUAUAUGCCCGUCUGUCUCCCAGAAAAAGGGCGGAGCCUCAGGAACCUCCUAGCCCCACCCCCAGAUCACAGGACCAUCUCCCUGACAACGAAAGUCUGAAGAACUGUGUGGAGGCUGAACCCAGCAGUACCAGAACACAAGAACAGACACACACUCAGUUCACAUCAGAUAUGAGCAGAUCUUCAGAUAAAAGAGUCUGUAGUGUCUGUCACAAACGUGUUCAUCUCAUUGAGAGGGUUUUGGUGAAGGGACGCCUGUAUCACCGUGCCUGCUUCAGAUGCAGUCGCUGCCAUCGCGCUCUGCUGCCGAUCUCUUUUACAGUUGACAGUGAGACGGGUUUACUGCAGUGCAGUUAUCACUGCAAAGCUGCUUCUGAACACAACCGGCCUGCAGAUACUGCUGAGACAGAUGGAGACAGAAGUGAGACAGAUGGAUACAGAAGUGAGACAGACGGAGACAGAAGUGAAAUGGAAAGAGACGGGGUGAAUGAUGAACAUCUCUCCACCUCAUCAGACAUAGACAUCCAAGAACCUCCCAAACCCGCUCCCAGAAAGAGGGUGGAGCCUCAGGAACCUCCUAGCCCCACCCCCAUAUCACAGGACCAUCGCCUUGACAAUGGUUAGAAUCUUACUACUUACUACUAUAUAGCAUUUACUAUUGUUACAGUGUAAACAUCAGAAACAAACAGUUCCAGUUCUACAUACAUCCAGAGCAAUUUACACAUUUCCAGGAGGUAAAAGACGUUAUAAAUAAGACUAUUUAAAAUAACAUUUUCUUGCCAUCUAAUGGACAGGUACAUUUGUGACCACUGAGGUGGCUCCAUGGCCUCCCCCUAAUGCUCUUUCUCUUGGCUUGUGUGUUUUUCGUUGUCUUGUCUUGGAGUUUUGUUGUGUGUGUGGUAUUUAU